GGAAAAGAUUUUUUUGAAGUAUUUUAAUAAAUAAAUUUAAUAAAAAAUAUACAAACUAACUCAAAACAAAAACACAUUUGAGGAAUAGAAUUUGGAUACACAUAAUUUAUACUCCUAGUACCGAUUUUCGCGAAAGUCUAUACCCUUUAUCGAGUUGCCUCGAUAUUUGCAAUAAAAAUUGUUUGCAACGAUAGAAAACAGAAGAAACAACAGAAAUAAAAAUAAUGGAAAUUCAACAAUUAGAAAUCCUAUGCAAACAGUUGUACGAAGCUACAGAUUCUGUAUUACGCUCCAAUGCAGAAAAGACCCUUGUACAGUUUGUAAGCAGUCAAGAUGCAUUGCCCAAAUGUCAAAUGCUAUUGGAUCGUGCGGAUUCCAGCUAUGCCCAGCUUUUGGCGGCAACAACGCUAACAAAGCUCAUACAGGGACUCAAUUUGGAACAACGCAUUGACAUCAGGAGUUACGUUUUAAACUAUUUGGCAAAUAGACCAAACCUACAACAUUUUGUGGUCCAGUCAUUGGUUACACUACUUGCAAAAAUAACAAAAUAUGGUUGGUUUGAUACCUAUAAAAAUGAGCUGGUGUUUCAAACCUUGUUGGAAGACGUUAAAACAUUUUUACAGGGAUCUGUUGAACAUUGUACAUUUGGUGUGCAAAUAUUAUCACAACUUGUUUUGGAAAUGAACUCCAUUGUGGAAGUGGAUGCCCAUAUAACCUUUUCAACAAGUCGUAAAAUUGCCACCUCAUUUCGUGAUCAACAAUUGUAUGAUAUAUUUCUAUUAUCUUGUAAUCUACUGGUCACGGCACGAGAUAAUAGCAAAACAAUCAAUUUCAUGGAUGAAGCCCAACAGGCUUAUGUUAACCUUAUAUCACAUGUGUUGCGUUUAACGAAGAACUGCUUGAGUUUCGAUUUUAUUGGUAGUUCGACAGACGAGUCUUCAGAUGAUAUGAAUAGUGUACAAAUUCCAGCAUCUUGGCGCCCCGCAUUUCUGGAUCCAAACACAUUGAAGUUGUUUUUCGACUUGUAUCAAAUUUUACCAAAUGGUUUAGCCAGUUAUUCCCUGUCAUGUUUGGUGCAGAUGACAUCCGUGAGGCGUUCACUUUUUAGUAACUCAGAGCGCAACAAGUUUCUCACUCACCUAGUGGAAGGUGUAAAAAACAUAUUGGUUAAUUUGCAUGGACUUCGUGAUCCAGACAAUUAUCACGAAUUUUGCCGUCUUUUAGCACGUCUAAAAUCGAAUUACCAACUAGGAGAAUUGAUUGCUGUGCCUUGUUAUCCAGAAGCUUUGGCUCUAAUAGCAAAAUUUACAGUUGAAUCACUUCAGAUGUGGCAAUUUGCUCCAAAUAGUGUCCACUACCUACUUACUUUGUGGCAGAGAAUGGUUGCCUCAGUGCCAUACGUUAAAUCACCCGAACCACAUUUGUUGGGUACAUAUACACCGGAAGUUACAAAAGCCUAUGUUGAAUCACGUUUGAAUGCCGUUCCUGCCAUUGUCAAUGACCACAUGGAUGAUCCACUGGAUGAUUUGUGCAUGGUGCUGCAACAGUUGGAACAAUUAUCGGUUAUCGAACGUUGUGAAUACGAUAAAACAUGUUCAUUGUUGGUGAGACACUUCGACCAAAAAGCCAGCGAAUAUGAAAGCCUACUGCAGACGCCAAACGCAGAUCCUAUAAAUGUUACCAUUCAUGAGCUGCAGCUGACAUGGUUGGUGUAUAUCAUUGGCUCGGCCAUAGUGGGCCGUCUUACUGUGAACUCGAAUGACGAUCACGAUACCAUGGACGCCGAAUUGAUCAUAAGGGUAUUUCAAUUGAUGAGAUUAACUGAUGCUCGACUACCACAAGCAGGCUGUGAAAAAUUGGAAUUAGCCAUCCUAAGUUUUCUGGAACAAGUACGAAAAAUGAAUAUCAGUGAGCAAACACAAAAGCCCAAUGUGUAUAAAAGAUUGAAUGAGGUUUUUGGCAUAAGCGAUGAGCAAAUGCUAUUGAGUUUUAUAAAUCGUAAAAUUAUUACAAAUCUAAAGUUUUGGGGUCAUUCAGAACAAAUUAUAACAAAAACCUUGAUGUUGUUGUCAGAUUUAUCGGUGCACUUUAAUUCUGUGAGGAAAUUGGCUAAAUUGGAGGAAGUCCAGUUCAUGUUGACACACCAUACGAGCGAACAUUUUCCAUUCUUGGGUACAAAUUCAUCACUAACUGAAAUGCGUUGUCGCACAAUGUUUUACACAUCACUGGGACGUCUUUUAAUGUUUGACUUGGGAGAAGACGAAGAACGUUUUUAUAGCUUUUUAAAUCCCUUAACAAAUCAAUUUGAAUCACUUGGGCCGGUUUUAAUGGAUGCCAAUAGCUUUCCCAAUGAAGAGGCCAAAAAGGCUAUAAUUGGUUUGGCACGUGAUCUGCGUGGUCUGGCCCAACCACUAACAUCACGAGUUCCUUAUACCAUGCUGUUCGAGUGGCUUUACUACUCGGACUAUUUGCCCAUGUUGAUACGUGCAGUGGAACUGUGGGCCCAUGAUCCAGCUGUUACAACACCUGUCCUUAAGCUUUUUGCCGAAUUGCUCCAUUGUCGCACCCAACGCCUGCAAGGCAAUGUCUCAAGUCCAAUGGGCAUACUAUUGUUUAGAGAGGCUUCAAAACUCAUCUGUAUAUACGGAAAUCGUAUACUGCAUUUAGAUGUACCCCGCGAUCAGCAAUAUCCAAUGCGUUUAAAAGGCAUCUCGGUAUGCUUUACCAUAUUGAAAAAUGCAUUGGGUGGCAAUUAUGUGAAUUUUGGCGUUUUCAAGCUAUACGGUGAUGAUACAUUGGAUAAUGUUUUAAACAUUGCGGCAAAAAUGAUAAUGUCUAUACAACAAAACGAUUUGUUGGAAUAUCCGAAAUUGGCAUCAUCCUAUUUCAAUUUAUUGAACUGCCUAUCUCAAGAGCAUAUUAGUUUUCUGGCUGGGUUAGAACCUGGUGCAUUUGUUUACAUUCUUGAAAGUUUAUCUAAAGGUUUUACGGCUUUGGAUUCAACUAUUUAUAUAACCUGUUGUUCCAUUUUGGAUAGCAUUAUAUCCUAUAUAUUUAAACAGUUACAAUUGAAAAUGUCUACAUUCCCCAACAAGAAACUACGCAGUUUAACACCUGAAAAUGCGAGAUUUUUAGAGGUUGUUAAAAUGAAUUCUGACAUUCUACAAAACAUGAUGUCAACUCUAAUGAACAAUGUCAUGGCUGAAGAUUGCAAAAACCAAUGGUCCAUGUCCAAACCUUUGCUAGUUCUUAUAUUAUUGUAUGAAGAUUAUUUCCGAACUCUUAAGGAAAAUAUUCUACGCGCACAACCAAUAGAAAAACAGCAAAUUAUGGCUCAAUGUUUUGAGGAUCUAAUGAAUGGAAUUGAACGGAACGUUUCUACUAAAAAUAAGGAGAAAUUCAUUCAUAAUUUAUCAUCCUUCCGACGUGACGUGGUUAAUUUACCAAAAAUGUCCAAUUAUAGUGCUGGUUCGUCAUAUAAUGAUGAUUUUUCAUAAAAAAAAACUAAUUUACAUCUAUAUACAACACACAAAUAAAAAAUAAAACAUAGCUCUCACUUAUGUAUAAACACUAUUUAUAAAUUGAAAAAGAAUUGGCGGCCAAUUUGUUACCCCGAACUAUUCCUCCGUUACAUACAUACUCAGCUGAAAAAUGCGUCUGGUUUCGUUAACCAAAAUAAAAAAAAAAAAAAUAUUUCGAUUUGAUCGUAAUUAAAAUACUGAUUGCAUUCAAUGUUUCAAACAAUGAAAUGAAGACACGAAUAAAUAAUAAAGAUUCUAUUGCAUGUUCGGGAUAUUUCAAGUUAAUAUUUUAACCUGAUUUGUACUUGUUUCGACUACAAAAAAAUCUAAAAUCAGAAUUAAAUUCUUGAUUAAAUUGUAAUGCUUUUUGUUUGCUUUAUAAUAAGAGAGAUCUAUGUACUACCCCCCCACUAUACAUAAAAUGUGUCUUGGUUUUUUUAUUCAUUUUCAUUGUCGGCUAACAUUUUUUUCCUUUUGUAAAUUCGUACCAAAUUUAUUCAGAGAAUAAUUAUUCCGUUUCUGUGUGAUUUCUUAAAAUAUUGUGAAAGCGUGUGAACGACAACGGACUGUUUUUAUACAUUAACACUUAUAUACACAUAUAUUAUUUUUGGAUAUUAUGUUUUAAACAAUUCCCCAAAUUGACCGGCUCUCAUGAAAGAUACAUUGUUUAAGUAAAAAACGAAACAAUUUUUUGUACUUUAAAUAAAGUUAUAAAUGUAAAUAACAAACAUA